AAAGAAUCAACAGAGAAACAUACUGCCUUGCAGAGGCAUCCGAUUCUUCCAGAAUACUUUUCACCAUCGAAGCCUGCAAAUUAAGAUGGCAUAACGUGUUCCAUUUGCUUUCUGCUUUGUCUUUGUUGAAGGGUGCAAGACAAGGUUGCCGGUCGUACUUGAACUCUUCUCUCCUGACAUCAUGCAGUGCCAAAGCAUUGGGAAAGAAGACGAAUUAGAGUGCCAUUUUGGAUCGUAAUACUUCUUAUUAUGACUUCCAGGAAAUGUUCUCUGCUUGUGGCUGUCUAAUUCUUGUUGUAGAGUAAUUGUUCUGUCCAAUUGCUCUGAGAAGGAGAUGUGGGCAACAAUAAUUGAGUCCCUGCCAAAAGAAAGAGAACAACAAUGGAAAUUGAUGGGCACCCUUGUGAUGGUUUAGCCAAGCUUGGAGAAGACAGAUGCCAAGUAUCUAAUGAGAAGUAAAAGAAAGGAAACAUGCAACUUUCCUGUUUGCUUAACUUCAGAUCAUCUCCAUUUGAAUUACCCAAAACACUUUAGAACAGUUGUUGAUAAAGCUUAUGAGCCUUCGAGGCAAACUUGUGGGUCAUAAUAUGAUGAGGUGGAAUGUGUGUGUCGAUCAUCAGAAUAGUUGGUGACUCAUCAGGUCAGCAUUCGGUGACAACAUAAGCUGUAUAUGGUCAAUCUACUUGCCUUCCAUCUGAGUUUGAUGAGGAAAAUAAUGGCGACAAGACUGGAGCUGACAUCACCUGUCCCAGAUGUCGCAUCACGCCUCAGUCUUGAUCAAACGGACUAACACGUUGAUCGAGACAUAUUAAUAUCCUGUAAAGAUCAAGUCCAACACGUUGACCGAGACACAUCAAGCAGAAUACCCUAUAAAUAUCCUCUCAUUCGUUGGAAGAGAAGGGGGAGGCACACUCAUACUCACACUCCACACUUGUAUGGCGCCAUCUCCUCCUCCAAAACCCCCUCCACAUCGCUAACUUGGUCGUCGGAGGGGUCGAACCGAGACGCUCGACCUGCCAACCUGAGCUGCUAACCCGAGCCGCCACCUCGUCGGCCGACCCGACAUCCGGACCCCUGAACCGAGCCGUACCACCCCGAGGUUACGGCUUAAACAGGUGCAGACCGCAUCAAGUUCCUUCCAAGUAUGUUUCCAGCUCAAUCUUAUGUGAUAUCCUUUACCGUCUGAGCUUUUCCAAUGGCGGAUCACAUACUAACUUCGAGCUCAGAUGAGCGAAAGACUCCACUUCUCCCUCUCCAUCAACCUCCACAGAGCUUACUCCACCCUUUCAGGUCACUUCUCACCUUGAAGAACUUGUUCAUAGUCUCUGGGCCUCUCUCGUGCAUGGUCGUAUUCUUCUUCCUCGAUCUCGGUGGCCGGACUUCGAGCCGCAACAUGCUCGCGGUGCUCUCGUGGGUGUUCUUGUGGUGGAUCACCGAGGCUGUGCCCAUGGCCGUCACGUCCAUGUCGCCGCUCUUCCUCUUCCCUCUCUUCGGACUUGCUUCCUCCAAUGAUGUCGCCAAAUCGUACAUGGACGACAUCAUCGCGCUCGUGCUCGGUAGCUUCAUGCUCGCUUUGGCGGUCGAGCACUACAACAUCCAUCGCCGACUUGCUCUUAACAUAACUUCGCUGUUCUGUGGAGAUCCUCUGAACCCACCACUGCUGCUUCUUGGCAUCUGCGGCACCACUGCGUUUGUGAGCAUGUGGAUGCACAACACCGCGGCGGCAGUCAUGAUGAUGCCAGUAGCCACCGGGAUCCUGCAGAGGUUGCCGGACGGAGAUUCAGCGCAACCCGACGUGAAGAGGUUCUGCAAGGCAGUCGUCCUCGGAGUGAUCUACUCGGCCACGAUUGGGGGGAUGAGCACCUUGACGGGCACAGGGGUCAACCUCAUCUUGGUUGGGAUGUGGGAGAGCUACUUCCCUCAGGAAGAGCAGAUCAGCUUCAGCUCCUGUUUCUUCUUCGGGUUCCCUCUUGCUCUGCUUAUCUUCUUCACCUUGUGGGGUAUCCUCUGCCUCCUGUACUGCUCCAAGAACUCAGGGAAGGCACUUUCUGCUUACCUCGAUCGAAAUCACCUGAGAAGGGAGCUUGAAUUGUUAGGCCCGAUGGCAUUCGCCGAGAAGAUGGUCUUAUUUAUAUUCAGUUUGCUUGCAGUGUUGUGGAUGACGAGGAGACUGACAAAUGAUGUUCCUGGGUGGGGUGCUCUGUUCCAUGGGCGUGCUGGUGAUGGAACUGUGUCAGUGCUGAUAGCCACCUUGUUGUUCAUAAUUCCCCACAAGAAGAACCAGGGAGAGAUGCUGAUGGACUAGAACAAGUGCAAGAAGUUGCCAUGGAACAUCAUCCUCCUCCUCGGGGCCGGCUUCGCGAUCGCCGACGGCGUCCGGACCAGCGGCCUCACCGAGGUGAUAUCAUCGAACCUCGACUUCCUGCGAGCAGCUCCGUACUUGGCAAUCGCACCCCUCGCUUGCGUAAUCAGCGCGACGAUCACCGAGUUCACGUCCAACAACGCCACCACCACGCUUGUAUUGCCGCUCCUCAUCGAGCUGGCAGAGCCCAUGAAGGUGCACCCUCUGCUGCUCAUGGUGCCGGGAGCCAUUGGCGCGCAGUUCGCCUUCUUGCUUCCGACCAGCACUCCAUCGAACGUCGUAGGAUUCACGACCGGGCACAUCAGAAUCAAGGACAUGAUCAGCGCUGGGGCGCCAUUAAAGGUUGCAGGCAUUGCAGCUCUGUCUCUGCUUAUGCCUACGUUAGGUUCAUUUGUUUUCAAGACAAAUAAGCAAGCAUGAACAUUUGUACUGUAAAUAUCUUAUUUAGAUGUUCACAAGAACAAGUGCAUCACAAUUGCGAGGAAUUCAUGCAAAGAAAUGGAGAUGAAUGGCUCUCCUUCACGCUCA